GUCGGUUUGUUGCCAACCGUGAUUUCUAGUUUGUAGCUGGAAGGCGCAACCGCGAAACGGCCACCUGCAACCGGGAAAAGUACAUUAGCCACGCAUUUUGAAGUUCCCACCGACCGAUUGGCGUGCUCAUCCAGCCUCCGAAGUUCUCUCACCCCUAGAAUUAGCCAGCACGGUGAGGUCUUGAUUCAUCCCGGGACCCUGAGCUUAGCUAGCUCACUCUUAUACUGUCCCCGGAUUUGGGCGCGUAUAGGAGAGCACAUCUCACGCGCGGGCGCUGCCGACAUGACAACCACAGUUCGCCGGAGGCGGGAGGGCUCCUUCGAUAUUCGCGAGGACAUACCCCCUACCGAGGAAACUCAAAUGGAGGACGAGAUCCAUGUUAGGCAUCACCCCCCUGAGCAUUACGACGAUCCAGAAACGGAAACAAUGGACCAGGAAGAGGAUCCAGCCGCCGCACGAGUACGAGAGUACUACAGGAGGGCACAUCGGGAACGGCAAGAACAAGAACGAGAAGCAGAGACAGCGCGGAACCAAAUACACCGGCCCCAAGAGUUGGAGCAGGAGCAUGAGGAAGUGCCCGAAGUGGAGGAGGAAGAAGAGGAGGAGGAGCCGGAUGGUGAUGCGUCCGAUGAGGACGUCAUCGAGGACUCGGUCCAGCAAGACAUGGUCAAGCUGCAGAACGCCUUCCCCGGCUUCCGCGACAAGUACCGUCUUAUCAAAAGGAUUGGUGAAGGCACUUUCUCGACCGUGUACAAAGCAGAGGAUUUGCAGUACGACUUUUACGAAAAUGCAUGGGACCUGGACAGGGAAAACGAGAAAUGGGUCCCGCCGCCGAUGAGGAAUUAUGGACUCACCUCGCCCGAGCCGCAGAUGCCGCGGCCGCGGCGCAAGGCAAAGUACGUCGCCAUCAAAAAAAUUUACGUCACCUCGUCGCCCAUCCGGAUUCUCAACGAACUAGAGCUGCUGUUUGCUCUCAGGGACUGCCCGGGCGUCUGCCCCCUGAUCACGGCCUUCCGGCAGCAUGAUCAGGUCGUGGCGAUCCUCCCCUACUUCCGCCACGCCGACUUCCGCGACUACUAUAAGAACAUGACGGUCCGCGACAUGUCGAUAUACCUGCGCUCGCUCUUUGUCGCGCUCGUAUCGGUCCACGAUGUAAACAUACUGCACCGCGACAUCAAGCCGACCAACUUCCUCUACGACCCCGAAACCCAGCGCGGCGUGCUCGUGGACUUUGGCCUGGCCGAGCGCGAGGGCGCCGAGGGCUCGUCCAAGCGCUGCUACUGCCACGAGGAGCACGCGACGCGCAAGGCCAAGCUCCGGCACGCCAUCGCCGCCACGGGCAACACGGGCGCGCACCUCGGCUACCCCAAGGAGGACCGGCGGCCGAGCCGGCGCGCGAACCGGGCGGGCACGCGCGGCUUCCGCGCGCCCGAGGUGCUGUUCAAGUGCACCGAGCAGACACCCAAGAUCGACAUCUGGUCGGCCGGCGUGAUCCUCCUGACCAUCCUGUGCAAGCGUUUUCCCUUCUUCAACAGCGCCGAUGACGUGGACGCCAUGAUCGAGAUCGCCACCAUCUUUGGGCAGCGCCGCAUGAAGGCGGCCGCGCAGCUGCACGGCUGCAUGUUCGAGACCACCAUCCCCACGGUCGGCACGCAGGGGUUCAGCCUCGAGCGCAUCGUGCUCUGGAGCACCUGCCGCGCCGAUUCGGACGAGACGCUCACAGAGGACGAGAAGCUGGCAUGCGCAUUUCUGAACCGCUGCAUGGAGCUCGACCCGGCCCGCCGCAUCAGCGCUCGCGAGGCCCUGGACCACGAGUUCCUCCGCAUGGCCGAGCCGCCCGAGGGCGGCGGCCAGGGCGACGAGACCAACGGCGAGGACGACGAGAUUGACAUGAUUGAGGCAUGAAGGACGACAGUGUCUUUUUUCGCCAAUAUGACUAUUGCCGCGAUGCUCUUUCAAUGCGGUGGGGGAGUGUUGGGUACCCGCUGUAUUAUUACUGUAUUUUAAGAAAAAGGUACAUGAGAAGCAUGCAAUAGAGGACAGUACGGAUGGGUCUCGGGUCGGGAAAUUAAUCAUAUCCGUAGCAAGCUGAUCGUAGCGUUAUAAGCAAAUAUCGUGAGUUCAAUCCUCACUUCCAUC